AACGAAAAGACUCAGACUCACUUUCUCUCUCUUCCUCACUCUCUCUCUCUCUCUCUCCUCCGCUGCACACUCUUUCUAACAGAGACAUCUGGUUCAGCCACCAUUGACGUAGCUCGCAUUUCUUCGUUCAUUAUCAGUUGAGUGUGUGGGAGCUUCAAGCUUGUGUAUCAGUAGUGACACUAAAAACAGCUAUGGUGGAUAAUUGGGUUGAGGAAUUCUGGUAAUGGUGGUUCUCAGGCUAAAGUGCUGUGCUUCAAGGUAGUGGCAACUGAAACGUAAGGAGUUAUUCGGCAUUUGCAUUGCCAGGCGAGAAGACCAAGGAGAAAUUCAAAGUGGCUUAUAUUGCAAAUGUCAAAGUCUCCCUCUCCAAAACGCCAAGAGGUCGUACCGUCAUCUACAUCUCGGCUUAGGGAUUUAGAUGAAAUAGCAGAGAUGGAUGAUGCAGAAGCUAUCAUGGCCACAGUUGCUCAGUUUGUUGAGCAACUACAUGCCAGCGUGUCUUCACCUCAUGAGAAAGAACUUAUCACAGCAAAAUUACUAGAUAUUGCUAGAACUAGAAAGGAUGCUAGGGUUCUUAUUGGUUCUCAUGCCCAGGCAAUGCCAUUGUUUGUUAGCAUUCUCAGAAGAGGGACCCAUGCAGCUAAAGUUAACGUUGCUGCAACCUUAAGUGUUUUGUGCAAAAAUGAAGAUUUACGUCUCAAGGUACUUCUAGGAGGGUGCAUUCCACCUUUACUCUCACUUUUGAAGUCUGAAUCUACUGAAGCCAGGAAAGCUGCGGCAGAGGCUAUUUAUGAAGUUUCCUCUGGUGGGCUUUGUGACGAUCACGUUGGUUUGAAAAUAUUUGUUACAGAAGGUGUUGUUCCAACCUUAUGGGAUCAACUCAAUCCAAAGAAAAACCAGGACAAAGUGGUAGAAGGAUUUGUAACCGGGGCUUUGAGAAAUCUUUGCGGUGACAAGGAUGGUAAUUGGAGAGAAACAUUCGAGGCUGGACGAGUGGAUAUAAUUGUGGGUCUUCUGUCUUCUGAUAAUGCUGCUGCUCAGUCUAAUGCAGCUUCUCUCUUGGCCCGUCUUAUGUUGGCUUUCAGUGAUAGCAUCCCAAAAGUAAUAGACUCUGGAGCAGUAAAAGCUUUGCUUCAGCUAGUUUGUCGGAAAAAUGAUUUUUCUGUACGUGCAAGUGCUGCUGAUGCUUUGGAAGCCCUUUCGUCCAAAUCAGCCAGAGCCAAGAAAGUUGUUGUUGAUGCAAAUGGUAUUCCGAUUCUCAUUGAAGCUAUAGUUGCUCCAUCCAAAGAAGGUAUACAAGGGGAGUAUGGUCAUGCCCUACAGGAGCAUGCUACACAAGCUUUAGCAAAUAUUUGUGGUGGGAUGCCUUCUCUGGUUUUAUAUCUUGGAGAGCUUUCUCAAUCCCCUCUUCUAACUGCUCCAGUUUCUGACGUUAUUGGAGCUCUAGCAUACACUCUGAUGGUGUUUGAGCUGAAAUCUGGUUUGGAUGAGGAGCCAUUUAAUACAAGACAAUUAGAAGAUAUUCUGGUUAUGCUACUCAAGCCUCGUGAUAAUAAGCUGGUUCAAGAUCGUGUUCUUGAGGCCUUAGCUAGUCUAUAUGGAAACAAUUAUCUCUCAAGAUGGAUUAGUCAUGCAGAAGCCAAGAAGGUUCUUAUUGGACUUAUAACAAUGGCUGCUAAUGAUGUGCAAGAACAUUUGAUACUCUUUUUAACAAGUUUGUGCGGCGAUGGUGUUGGCAUUUGGGAAGCCAUAGGAAAGAGGGAAGGAAUUCAAUUGCUUAUGUCAUUGUUGGGCUUGUCAAGCGAGCAACAUCGAGAGUAUGCUGUUGAAUUGUUGGCAAUCAUAACUGAUCAGGUUGAUGACAGCAAAUGGGCUAUCACUGCUGCUGGUGGGAUUCCUCCAUUGGUGCAGUUAUUAGAGACAGGUUCUCAGAAGGCAAAAGAGGAUGCUGCACAUGUUUUGUGGAACUUAUGUUGUCACAGUGAAGAUAUACGUGCUUGUGUUGAAAGUGCUGGUGCAAUCCAAGCAUUUUUAUGGCUCUUGAAAAGUGGUGGAUCAAGAGGGCAAGAGGCCUCAACACUGGCACUUACUAAGCUUGUUCGAACAGCAGAUUCUGCCACCAUCAAUCAGUUACUAGCAUUGCUCCUUGGCGACUCUCCUAGCUCAAAGGCUCACAUUAUUAGAGUAUUGGGUCACAUACUCAUAUUGGCGUCACAUAAGGAUCUUGUGCAAGUGGGUUCUGCACCCAAUAAAGGGUUGAGAUCUCUUGUUCAAGUUCUCAGUUCAUCCAAUGAAGAAACACAAGAGCGUGCAGCUUCUGUUCUUGCUGAUCUAUUUAGCACAAGACAAGAUAUCUGUGAUAGUCUUGCAACAGAUGAGAUUGUGAAUCCUUGCAUGAAGCUUUUGACCAGCAAUACUCAAGUUGUUGCUACACAAUCUGCUCGAGCAUUAAGUGCUUUGUCUCGUCCAACAAAGGCAAACUCAACAAACAAAGUGUCUUAUAUUGCAAAAGGGGAUGUCAAGCCUUUAAUCAGGCUUGCUAAAACGUCUUCCAUUGAUGCUGCUGAAACUGCAGUUGCUGCUUUGGCCAACUUUCUGUCUGAUCCACAGAUUGCUGCAGAAGCCUUGGCAGAAGAUGUUGUGUCCGCAUUGACAAGAGUAUUAAGAGAUGGAACUUUAGAAGGUAAAAAGAAUGCAUCACGUGCUCUUCAUCAACUACUAAUGCAUUUUGCAAUAGGAGAUGUGCUCCCAGGAUACUCUCAAUGUCGUCUCCUUGUUAUUGCCCUUGUUGAUUCCUUAAAUUCAAUGGAUAUGAAUGGGAAUGAUGCUGCUGAUGCUUUAAAAGUAAUGGCACUUUUAGCUAGGUCAAAACAAGGUGUGAACUUCACACCCCCCCCUUGGUCUUCCCUUGCAGAAGUUCCCUCAAGCCUAGAAUCUCUAGUGCGCUGCCUAGUAGAGGGGCCCCCUACACUGCAGGAUAAGGCAAUAGAAAUUCUUUCAAGGCUCUGCAGUGAUAAUCCAGUUGUGCUUGGUGAUUUACUAGUUGCGAGAUCUGGAUCUAUGAGUUCAUUGGCUAAUAGGAUAAUGAACUCAUCAAGUUUAGAAGUGAAUGUUGGAGGAGCUGCAUUACUUAUUUGUGCUGUAAAAGAGCACAAACAACAAUGUAUGGAAGAACUUGAUGCGUCAGGGUAUGUCAAAUCCCUUGUAUUCUCUUUAGUUGAAAUGAUGAAGAGAAGUUCUAGCUGCUCUUUAGAAAUUGAAGUCAGAACUCCUAAAGCAUUCAUGGAAAGAACUGCAGACCAGGAAGGGUAUGUGUUUGAUGUUCCUGAUGCAGCCACUGUAUUGGGGGCUACAGUUGCCUUGUGGCUACUAUCUCUAAUAGGCUCAUUUCAUACAAAGAAUAGAGUCAUUAUUAUGGAGGCUGGUGGACUUGAAGCUCUUGCUGACAAGCUUGUGAGUUACUCUUCUAAUCCACAGGCUGAAUAUGAGGACACAGAAGGCACAUGGAUUAGUGUCCUACUUCUUGCUAUUUUGUUCCAAGAUGAAAAUGUUGUUUUAUCUUCCACAACAAUGCGCAUCAUACCGUCACUUGCUCUUCUGCUUAGAUCUGAUGAGGUUAUCGACAGAUUCUUUGCUGCUCAGUCAAUGGCCAGUCUUGUUUGUAAUGGUAGUAAGGGAAUUAAUCUUGCGAUUGCAAAUUCAGGUGCUGUUUCCGGGUUGAUAACCCUAAUUGGUUUCAUAGAGUCGGAUAUGCCGAAUCUUGUUGCCUUAUCAGAUGAGUUUUCUCUGGUAAGAAAUCCUGAACAAGUUGUUUUGGAGCAACUUUUUGUUAUUGAAGAUGUAAAAUUUGGGUCCACUGCACGUAAAGCUAUACCUCUUUUAGUGGAUCUCUUGACACCAAUGCCAGAUCGGCCUGCUGCCCCUCCAAUUGCUGUCCAACUUUUGACUUGCAUUGCAGAUGGAAGUGAUACAAACAAAUUAAUUAUGGCUGAAGCUGGAGCUCUAGAUGCUCUGACAAAGUACUUGUCUCUGAGCCCUCAAGACUCAACAGAGGCCACUAUAUCUGAGUUAUUCAGAAUAUUGUUUAGCAACCCUGAUCUAAUUCGCUAUGAAGCAUCAGCCAGCUCCUUAAAUCAACUCAUAGCUGUUCUGCGUCUUGGGUCAAGAAAUGCCAGAUUCAGUGCUGCAAGGGCUCUCCAUGAACUUUUUGACUCUGAGAGCAUCAGAGAGUCUGAGCUUGCACGACAGGCUGUUCAACCAUUAAUUGAGAUGCUUACCGCUGCUUCCGAGAGUGAGCAGGAGGCUGCUCUUGUUGCUUUGAUUACUUUGACUUCAGGAAAUUCUUCAAAAGCCCUUUUUUUAACUGAUGUGGAAGCAAACUCACUUGAGAGUCUACACAAAAUAUUGUCCUCUGCUUCAUCGUUAGAGUUGAAAAGAAAUGCUGCACAGUUCUGCUUUGUUAUGUUUAGCCAUAGCAAAAUCAGAGCUAAUCCAAUUGUUUCUGAAUUCAUUGAGCCCUUUAUUUCACUGAUGCAAUCUGAUACUAGUUCAGCUGUUGAAGCUGGAGUUUGUGCUUUUGAGAAGUUGUUGGAUGAUGAACAACUUGUGGAGCUUGCAUCAGCCUAUGAUAUUGUGGAUCUUCUUGUUGGCUUGGUUUCUGGUACGAGUUAUCAGCUAAUUGAGGCUAGCAUCUGUUCUCUCAUUAAGCUGGGGAAAGACCGGACCCCAUGCAAAUUAGAAAUGGUUAAUGCUGGUAUAAUUGAUAGUUGUCUUGAGUUGUUACCUGUUGCACCCAAUUCAUUAUGUUCCUCUAUUGCAGAACUUUUCCGCAUUCUGACAAAUAGUAAUGCGAUUGCCAGAAGUUCAGCUGCUGCAAAAAUAGUAGAACCUUUGUUUCUGGUUUUACUUCGAUCAGAUUUUAGUUUGUGGGGACAGCACAGUGCCUUGCAGGCACUUGUAAAUAUUUUAGAGAAGCCACAAAGCCUUGCAACUUUAAACCUCACACCUAGCGAAGUCAUUGAGCCUCUUCUUUCCUUUCUGGAAUCACCAUCUCAAGCCAUCCAGCAGCUUGGCACAGAAUUGUUAUCUCAUCUUCUCGCACAGGAACAUUUUCAGCAAGAUAUUACCACAAAGAAUGCUGUUGUGCCUCUUGUGCGGCUAGCUGGAAUUGGUAUUUUGAACUUACAGCAGACUGCAAUCAAGGCAUUGGAAAAAAUCUCUAUGAGUUGGCCAAAGGCAGUUGCUGAUGCUGGAGGAAUUUUUGAGCUUGCUAAGGUAAUCAUUCAGGACGAUCCUCAGCCACCUCAUGCAUUGUGGGAAUCGGCUGCUUUGGUUCUUUCUAAUGUUUUACGUUUCAACGCCGAGUACUAUUUUAAGGUUCCUGUGGUAGUUCUUGUAAAAAUGUUGCUCUCAACAGUUGAGAGCACUAUCACAGUGUCGCUUAAUGCAUUAACUGUUCAUGAAAGGAGUGAUGCCUUAAGUGCCAUACAGAUGACUGAAGCUGGGGCCAUAGAUGCCCUAUUGGACCUGUUAAGAUCUCAUCAGUUCGAAGAAGAAUGUGGGAGAUUACUUGAAGGUUUAUUUAAUAAUGUGAGGAUACGAGAGAUGAAGGUUUCCAAGUACGCUAUAGCACCUUUGUCACAAUAUUUGUUAGACCCACAGACCAGAUCACAACCUGGUAAACUUCUUGUUGCUCUAGCUCUUGGAGACCUUUCCCAGCAUGAGGGGCUUGCUAGAGCUAGUGAUUCUGUUUCUGCUUGCCGUGCAUUGAUAAGUUUGCUUGAAGAUCAACCGACAGAGGAUAUGAAAAUGGUUGCAAUUUGUGCAUUGCAAAACUUUGUCAUGCACAGUAGAACCAAUAGGCGAGCUGUUGCAGAAGCAGGUGGUAUUUUGGUCAUUCAGGAAUUACUGCUGUCACCCAAUCCAGAAGUUUCUGCUCAGGCAGCCUUACUAAUCAAGUUUUUAUUUUCUAAUCACACACUCCAAGAGUAUGUCUCAAACGAGCUCAUCAGAUCUUUGACAGCUGCACUUGAAAGGGAGUUGUGGUCCUCAGCAACCAUCAAUGAAGAGGUCUUGAAAACCUUGAAUGUGAUAUUUGCCAACUUUCCUAAACUCCAUAUCUCUGAAGCAGCUACCCUCUGCAUUCCUCAUCUGAUAGGAGUUUUAAAAUCGGGUAGCGAUGCAGCCCAGGAGUCUGUACUGGACACUCUGUGCUUGCUAAAGCAUUCUUGGUCAACCAUGCCAAUAGAUAUAGCAAAGUCUCAAGCCAUGGUUGCCGCCGAAGCCAUUCCCAUCUUGCAAAUGCUCAUGAAGACCUGCCCACCAAGUUUCCAUGACAGAGCAGACAGUUUAUUGCACUGCUUACCCGGUUGCUUGACAGUUACAAUCAGACGUGGUAACAACUUGAAGCAGGCUAUGGGAAGCACAAAUGCUUUUUGUCGAUUGACAAUAGGCAACGGUCCUGCUCGGCAAACUAAGGUUGUGAACCAUAGUAGUUGUCCAGAAUGGGAAGAAGGGUUUACGUGGGGAUUUGAUGUACCUCCAAAAGGACAAAAGCUUCACAUCGUUUGCAAAAGCAAAAACACUUUUGGAAAGAAUACUCUGGGGAAAGUGACCAUCCAAAUAGACAAAGUUGUUACUGAAGGAGUUUACAGUGGAUUAUUCAGCCUUAAUCAUGACGGAAACAAAGAUGGAUCUUCUCGAACACUAGAAAUUGAAAUCGAAUGGUCCAACAGAAAUGCAGAUGAAGGAACGUAAGGGGUGAUGUCGUAUCGAGAGUAGACUGAGGUUGAGUGUCCAAAUAGGAAGGACAAACUUGGUAUGCUUGUAGUUAUUAAUGUCUUCUGGAUGUCCAUUUUUGUAGUCUGGAAGAUGAAGAAGCUGCUUGAGUUGUAAGUGUAAAUUAUAUUUUUCAAGUUGCAGAGGUAUAAAGAGUGGAAAAGGCAUUCCCUCGAUAUAGUGAACUUUAAAGAAAAGCUGAUUAGGAGUUUGUACAGGUCAGUCUUUGUUGUAGGUGUAAGUUUUUAAAAAUGCUAGGAAGAAUAGGCAUUUCAAAAUCCCAUAAUCAAGCUUUUUUUGGCAUUAAAUUAUGCCCUUUCAAUCCUAAAUGGGUCUGUAUAUGUAUUUUGUUCUUGGUACUAUUUUCAAAUAGCAUACCCAUGAACAUUGUUUGUCAUAAAUAGACCAAAAAGCUCUGAUCUACCAACACAAUUUUAUUUUUAUAA